AUGACGACAGUCAAGCCGUUGAAGAAGCGCGCUGUUGCCGGCACGUUCCUAUUUAGAUUUCUCGAAGACAACAAUUCAAAGAAAGUUGAGGUUGCUCUGUUCAGACGAAGCGGCAAGGUCCGCACUUAUCAGCACAAGCUAGCGCCCGUCUCGGGCAGCGUAGAAGAUGAUGAUGCGAACCCCCUCGCUACCGCACUGAGGGAGAUUAAGGAAGAAACUACUCUUGACUUGACAUCGAUUGAGCUGUUGCGGAAAGGCAAGCCGUACUCGUUCACGGACGACGAUAUCAGUCGCGAAUGGACCAUCAAUCCUUUCGCAUUCCGCCUGAAAUCCGUAGACGAGGGCGGCAAAGGCGAGGCCGGUAUUUUUAUAGACUGGGAGCAUGACGGAUGGGAAUGGCACGAUCCACUCGAGGUCAACGAGUCGGAAGAGUUUGGUGGGGUGCCAAGACUUCUCGAUAGUCUGCGCAGGGUAUGGCCCGAGUGCGAUUUGGGUGCAAAGGCCGGAGCAGCCCUGACGAGCGGCCUCGAGAGUCUGCGAAACGACCAUGAAAGCGGUGCCCGACAGCUGGCAUCCAAAGCGGUGGGCACUCUACGGGAUGUGAUCGCGGAGCUGGACACACCAGAGAUGGGGAACGGUGCUUGGUGGUCAUACGUCCGCAUGACGGCAUGGCAUCUCUGCUAUAACGGCCGCGAGAGUAUGGGUGCUGCCAUCAUUACUUCGAUGGUAACUGUUCUCGACCGGAUUGAGGCUGUGAUAAAUGAGAGACGAACGAUCGACGAAGAGUUGAAGCAACACAUUGUCGCAUCGAUCGACACGUUCCUCUCGCAGCGAGACUCGGCCGUCGAGCGCAUCCGUGAUUCCUUUAUCUCUUACGUCAGAUCAAACAUGCCAAAAUGUUCCGGCGCCGAUAAGGUUCUGUCAGUCCUGACACUAUCAUCGAGCUCGACCAUCUCAUGCUCUAUCCUCGAAGCGGCAGCUGCGCUGAACCUGACGGUGGACCUCCGCAUUCUAGAGUCAAGACCGCUGUUUGAAGGCGUAACAUUGGCGUCGAAGCUACUUCAGGAAGCGGCACACAACCAGAAAGUCAACAUAUCGCUGUAUUCCGAUGCGUCUGCCGCUAUCGCGGCAGAGGGCGUAGAUCUCAUCCUCUUCGGUGCGGACCGCAUCAGCUCUACGGGAGAUGUGAGCAACAAGACCGGGACUUUGCCUGCUGUCUUGAGUACACGUCACGUGUCACCAAACGCGAGGGUGGUCGUUCUCAGUGAAGUCGAGAAGAUCGCCGGACCUGGGACAGUUGCAGAACACGUUGUGGAGGAGAACGACCCCGCAGAGCUCUCGCGAGGCUGGGAACAAGGAGUUAAGGGGACCGAAACAGUCAAAGACUACUUCCUGAAGACGCAUGACGAUACGAAGCAAUCCGGAGUGGUGGUGAGGAACGUCUAUUUCGAAUGGGUACCUGCAACUCUGAUUGACGCAUACAUCACUGAUGAAGGUCUCUGGUCUACAAAUGAGAUCCAUAACAAAUCGGACUGGAUUGGACAAGAGACAAACAGAUUUUUUGAGGGGUUGUAA